CGCCAUCGCCAGAACUCAGUUCUCAUUGGAGCGGGGAAAGUUCGAGGGCGGAGCAGGUUGUUUGGCGCCUGCGUCGUGCAGCUAGCGGCUAGCGAGCCGCGGCUUGGCUGGCGGGAGCGGCUGCGGCACGGGUGCUGGAGGAACGAUGCCGAGGGAGAUCAUCACCCUACAGUUGGGCCAGUGCGGCAAUCAGAUUGGGUUCGAGUUCUGGAAACAACUGUGCGCCGAGCAUGGUAUCAGCCCCGAGGGCAUCGUGGAGGAGUUCGCCACUGAGGGCACUGACCGCAAGGACGUCUUUUUCUACCAGGCAGACGAUGAGCACUACAUCCCCAGGGCGGUGCUGCUGGACCUGGAGCCCCGGGUGAUCCACUCCAUCCUCAACUCCCCCUAUGCCAAGCUCUACAACCCGGAGAACAUCUACCUGUCAGAGCACGGAGGAGGGGCUGGCAACAACUGGGCCAGUGGAUUCUCUCAGGGAGAGAAGAUCCACGAGGACAUUUUUGAUAUCAUAGACCGGGAGGCAGAUGGCAGUGACAGUCUAGAGGGCUUCGUGCUGUGUCACUCCAUUGCUGGGGGGACAGGCUCUGGCCUGGGCUCCUACCUUUUAGAACGACUGAAUGACAGGUACCCCAAGAAGCUGGUACAGACAUAUUCAGUGUUUCCCAACCAGGACGAGAUGAGCGAUGUGGUGGUCCAGCCCUACAACUCCCUGCUCACGCUCAAGAGGCUGACCCAGAAUGCAGACUGUGUGGUGGUGCUGGACAACACGGCCCUGAACCGGAUCGCCACAGACCGCCUGCACAUCCAGAACCCAUCCUUCUCCCAGAUCAACCAGCUGGUGAGCCCCCACUUGUGGACUGGAAGCCCUCCUUCCUGGAGUGCCAUCUGGGGAAGGGAGGCCCCGCCCCAGACGGGCCGGGAUCGCCAGACCAACCACUGCUACAUCGCCAUCCUCAACAUCAUCCAGGGGGAGGUGGACCCCACCCAGGUCCACAAGAGUCUGCAGAGGAUUCGGGAACGGAAGUUGGCCAACUUCAUCCCCUGGGGCCCUGCCAGCAUCCAGGUGGCCCUGUCAAGGAAGUCUCCCUACCUGCCUUCAGCCCACCGGGUCAGUGGGCUCAUGAUGGCCAACCACACCAGCAUCUCCUCGCUCUUCGAGCGGACCUGUCGCCAGUACGAUAAGCUGCGGAAGCGCGAGGCCUUCCUGGAGCAGUUCCGCAAGGAGGACAUCUUCAAGGAGAACUUCGAUGAGCUAGACACGUCCAGGGAGGUUGUGCAGCAGCUCAUUGACGAGUAUCAUGCAGCCACGCGGCCAGACUACAUCUCCUGGGGCGCCCAGGAGCAGUGAGUCCCCCAGGGCCGGGACCUCAUCUGCCUUACUGGUUGGCCCAGGCCCCGCCUGACUGACCACGGCCUCAGACACAGAUCAGGGACCUCACACAUCUCUUCCUCAUAAACACACAUGCACAUACUCUGUAUUGGCCUGGGGACACAUUUGUCUCCUGAUGAGACUAUUUAUGUUGAAUAAAGCACCGGACAUAAAUCAA